GGGAUGAGAGAGAGGAGGGGAGGGUUAGAUGACGGAGCGAUAGACAGGAGGAAAGAGAAUAACGGCAUAUAAUAAUUUCAGAGUCAUGGCUUGUGCAAUGGAAUAGAGAUCGAGAUCAAGAAGAACGCAUCCAUUAUAUCCUUCUGGAAAUUGGGUACUAACUAAAUUCAAGAUGUGACCCCAUAUGUUUACGAACUCCUUAGGCAAACAUUAAAUCAGGACAUAAAAACUCAUAUCUCACCAUGCACCCCUCCUCUCGUCCCUCUGUGCCCCCGCGUUCCCGCAGGUUUGACAAUAGACGCACAGAGGCAAAACCAAGCCAAGGUAUUAAGAGGGAUGACAAAAAUAUGAAUACAGCGUCUUCAUCCCCUCGUCGUGGCACUCGGGGACCACCUGAGUCUUCCAGGUUAAAAGGCCCUGGUCAAGGUGCACGAGCCCCAGUGGUUCAGUCCAAACUGGUGCGGCCACAGAAGAAUGGUGCUCAUGCAAUACCAGCAAUCUCAAAACCAAAAAGUGGACACACUGUAUCAAACCUGGCCCCAGCAGUGGAUCCAAACUGCAAUGAGCCCAGCCUACCUUGUCUGUGUUGUGAUGGCCAUUCUCCUCAGGAUAGCAACAGCCUUUUUAAUCACAACCAUAACAACAAUAAUACUGUAAACAUCAGGCAACAAAUGAAGCUACCGCCGCCGCCACCUUCUCAGAAGGAAUUGGCUGUUCCAAAAGAAGACAUCAAAGAAGACGAGUGUGAGCCAGAAGUAAAGCAACCUCAUGCCAUCCCAGUAAAGGAGAGAGAGGAAGAAAAUGGCAAUGUGGAUGAAAAAGAGGGUGGUGACCUCAAAAAUGAUGUCUGCAGUGUAAAUGUAAAUGACAGUGUUGAUGUGAAUGGCAACGGCAAUUGUGAUGGUGAAGAUGAUGAAGAUGAUGACGAUGACGAUGAUGAUACUCUUGUCCCUUCUUCCUGCAAUUGCCCAGAAUCCAUGCUAGAUUUUUCCCUCACAUCUUCUACCUCAUCUUCUACCACAUCCAUUAGCAGCUGCUCAGAUCUGGAGUGUGACUGCCCUGAUACGUUUUCAUUGUCAUCACAGGACCAAGAGGCCACUGAAAGCUGUCCAUCUUCUCGUACUUUGGUCUCCAAUUGCCCUACCUUUCAGUCCAAUGUCUUACCAAUGGAUCCCAACCUUUCUGCAAGAUCGCCUUGCUCUUCUGAUGAAGGGUAUCCCUCUGCCCCUUGCUCUCCUUCUUCUGACUACACAGAGAGCAAGGUAUCAGAAGAAGAAAAAUGUAUCAAAGUGGAUCUCCUCCAUUUUUUAGACUCCAUAGAAGAGUUGGGCAAAAUGGAUCUGUUCUACCGCAUUGUUAGGCUGGCACAUUGGGAACUGAAUGGUGAGCUGAUUGUCAGAGAUAGAUUGGAUCACCAGCAAAAGCUUCAGAGGGUCAACAAAGAGGUGAAGUUGGCAUAUCUUGUGAAACUUCAGGAGGAAAGGUUAGACUUUGACAAUGAGGAUAUCACUGGAGUUUUGGAUGAAAUGGGCAACAUUGAUAUUCCAUGGAAUUUGUAUAAACGCAACAAAUCAAGUGACUCCCAGGAAUUUUCUGAUGCAGGGGUAGAUCUGACAGCUCCUUCUGACGUUGAUGAAACCCCUGCCUCUGAUUCACUUGUUUCAUCGCCGUUGGAUCCUCCUCCCCGGCCCCCAAAGCCUCCAAUAAGGCAUGUGAGUGCUCACCUAGAAUCACACACUUAUGAGAACAUCAGUGAACAUACCUUCUCAGUCUCAUCCACUGACGACACUACUCCUUUCUCUACAAGAGUCCCUGCUCCUACCUUGCCUGCAUUGUCAUCCUCACCCCCAGCCUUAAAACCUCCUGCCCUUCCUCCUCCUCCAUCACAGCCUGUGCCCUACUUCUCCCUAAAUACAGACAGACCUACUCUCACUUCCCCCACCCCACCCAUCCCUCCCCCAAGAAGACGUCAUAAAGCCCGUCUAGAGGCUCUAAGGCUUGCUGAGCUUGAAAGAGAAAAGACUCCUCUGUCCCUUCCACCACCAACGUCCAGACCUCCUCCAUUGCCACCUCCACCUGCAGUGUCCUCGCCUCCAGCUAUUCCACCUCCACCAUCGCUCCCACCCCCUCCAUCUUUUCAUGCUCUGGAUGUGGAAAUCAGAAAGUUGCUUGCACUAGCUGGCCUCACCCAAGCUGAAUUGCUUAAACUUAGUCCCGAGUUGGGUGUCUGUGUAGAUGUAGUCCUGGAAAAUGAGCAACAGCCGAUGUCUGAUGUCUCUCAGAUUGGAGAUAUCAGUGUAAACAGAACACACAAGGAAGAUGGUGUAGAUAAGGGGUUGCAUUCCAGAUUGAGUGAAGGAACCAGAUUUGGGAAAGACAGGCCUACAGGUGUAGAGGAAUUAGAUACUCUCAGUGAAAAGGACGCUUCUAAAGACAAACAGAAAGAAGCAAACAGGACGACAUCCUUCACAGAAAUGGCAAGACGACGUAAGAGAAAUGGUGGAAACUGCAAUCAUAGCUGCGGUUGUGGUUUUGGAUCCAAUGUUAGUCUAUCUCCCAACUCAUAUUACAGCACUGAUCUUAGCAAUACAAAAAUCCCGAAUGUUAGCUUUGGGAGUUUUGAUUAUACUUCUAUGAUUUCAGACACCCCUCCUCCACCACCUCCACGACCACUGCCCCCUUGUCCACCAAUUGUGUCCAAACCUCCUGAACUUCCCCCUCUUAAGCCAUGUACUCUACCUGCCAAUGCAUCUCGCCCAGAUAGAUUUGACUGGCUGAUAGCCUUCACCCCAGAAACAGAGUCUCCACCUCUUGAGAUGCGAAAAUUGUCCAAUGAUGGCACGUUGCAAAAAGGCUCAACUUCAGGCUUAAAAGUCACAACCUUUAAAGAAUUACGCAACAGAAGCAAACAGAGCUCCACUCCAGCUCCUGUUCAACCAGAACCUGAUCCAACUGUCAUCACCCCAGACCCUGAUUUCCUGUACAACCUCAAAUGGAGAAGAGAGAAGAAUGAUGGGGAUGGCUGGGAAUAUACUUCCCAAGCACAAGCCUCUUUUCUUCAGCCGCCACCCACUCCUGCCUCAUUGUCCCUCUUUAGGGAAAUGUGCCGACUGAAUAUACAAGAUGAUUGCCCUGCAGAACCCAAAGUGUCCCAACAAAUUAGCUGUUCAGUAAGCGAAGGCAGCCUUAGGACUAUUUGUGAUGAAAGAGAUAAAGCUGCUCACACCAAAAAGAUGGAAGUCGAAGAUGAAGUGGAAGUUAGGGGAAUGGCAGAUGGAGCAUGGACUUUGGAAUCCAGGACAACAGUGUCCUCACCUCCCCUGUCCCUUUCCUUGACCUCACCUUAUUAUCUGCACUCUGAUCCCCUGUCACAAGCCUCCCAGUUUUACCACACUGACACUAACAGGAAUCAUGCCGAGGCCAGCUGUGAGGGUUCAAUAAACAUCUCAAACCCGUUGUGCAUAAAUUCCACUUUUGAUUGCAGGAAAAAUGACUAUACCGACUCCCUGUACUGUUCAGGGACAGAAAACAAUGCGUUUUUGUUCUGUAAACAAGACAAUGACCUCAGUGGUAACAUGAAUUCUCUGUACCACCGCUGUAAUCAUGCUGACAGCUUUCUAGAUUCUUUAUACAUCUGUGGGCAUGAUCCUGACGGCACAAAAACCAACUUUUGUUCUGUGUAUAACAAUGAAGUAGAUUCAAUCAGAAAUGAUGAUUCACUCCACAGUGAUGCCAGAUACACAAGAAAUACCCUGAAGCUGUUCACUGACCCUGAACCACCAACUAACAUUAACACACUCACUGAGGGCGACAUAACACCAUACAAAAAUAUUGACAUGCAGGCUUACAUUACUAUGCGAAACCUCAAAAAUCAGAGCUAUGCGAACAAAAACAGUUAUAAAGAUGCCGACUCGCUGUUUGAUUUGAACUCAGACAACAUUGAUAACUCAAAACCACCGAUCAACCCGUUUUAUGACAGCAAUGAAAACACAAUGCAGAACAAACAGCAGCUUGUAUCUUUCCCUGCCUACUACCUUUACCACCCCAAAAACUGCCCCUUGCAUAAAGGCGCCCCACCACGGCUGUCCCCCGUAGGAGCGAUCUCACCUCCCUACAGGUCCGGGCCUCCAGUUCCAGGCACAGAUGUUGCCCGUCUCUGCUCACCCCUGUUCCCUCGCAGUCACACCCUUCCUGCCCUUGCUGCACCCCUCUACUACCCUUAUCUGUACACUCCCCCUGUUCAAGCCCCUCUGCGGGAGCCAUCGGUCCCCAUACUUCACUCUCAGAGUCCACCACCACUCACUUCGACUGUUCGCAGCUUCUCAUUUGCCGGCUCUGAGCAGAAGAACAAGGCCUGGAUGGGAGAUGAUGUGAGGACCUCACUGAGUGCUGAAGGGCUGUCUUCUGCAUGCCUGCAAGAAAAGAAAACUCUUGUCAAUUCAGUCAGUGUGGCAGUGGAGGCCAUUUUGGCUCAGUUCAGUUCGUCCAGGACAGUUGUACAGAAGUUUUACUCAGUAAAUAAGACUCUUUCUGGAGACAGCAGUGUAAAUCCCUCUCUGGGUCGUCUGGUACUGCAGUGCCUUUGCCCAGCCCUGCGCAACCUUCUCUGUGAUGGACUCAAGCCCCACCAGAGUGACCUCAUUGCAGGCAGAAGGCCUAAUUCACCCUGGGGAUUGGUUCAGGCCUCCACCAAACCAGGUCCGAGCACGCAGGCUUUGCACAACCUCCAGACUAAAGUAGCGGGGCUUCCCCAGCUUAAGCAGAGCAGACACAGGUUCAACGCCUUCCUGUUUGGCCUUCUCAAUGUCAAGCUUCUGGAUUACUGGCUUUCACAUCUGCAGUCCUGCAGUGAUGUGUUGGAGACAUAUUAUCGCCCCACUUCCUUCAUGCGUCUGUCACUCACUUCUUGCCAGCCUCUUUUUGAGGAGCUUCUCCUCCUACUGCAGCCUCUCUCUCUUCUGACCUUUAACCUCGACCUGCUGUUUCAGCAUCACCACCUUGACCCCUCAUCCCCAACUCUCACCCCAGCCAGUCACACAUCUGAGAUAUAUAGCCCGCCAAAUGAAGACUUCAGCUUCCACUUGUCACCCAAGGGGAUUUUCCAAGGAAGUGGCCAUAAUCUUGGAAGCGUGUUUGAGCAAGACCAUGGCAGUUUGGGUUUAGACACCAACCCUAAUUCAGGUCUCACAAGUCAUGUUCUUGAUGUGUCAGCCUAUCGCAAUCCAAUUUCGCUGUCAUCAAGCAUCACCAAGGAGGAAGCCAAUCCGCCAUUAUCAUGGUUUAACGGGAAUGAGAUCUCGGCACCUCUUAAUGCCGGAAGCCUUUCCCAGCAGGCAGGCCAGGCUCUUCAGCAAGGAUGGGGGGCAGUAAUGCGUUUGGGGGAACGUUUAGGCCAGAACUUUGGUUUGACCACUAACACAGAGGAUGUUAAAGGUCCUAACUCACCAGAUGACUUCAAGACAGGCUUCUCACUGAAUCCAAAAAGUCCAGUUGAAAACAGGCAGCAAACAAGAGAGGAUCUUUCCUUGUGGGAUAGUGGAGCAGCUGUUCCCUGGGGUCUGGGACGGCUCUUUGGAGCUUCUAAGAGCCCCAACAACCCACCAAUAAGCAGACGUCCAUCUCAGUGGCUCUCCCCUGGUGCAUCCGUCCUUUCUCGCAUAGUGAAUCUUGGCCAGGGUUCUCCGCCUGAGAAGAAAGAGCUCCAGAGAAGCAAAGAUAAGGAAGACGAUGAAAACGAAAAGAUUAAUGAAACAAAAGAUCAGCCAAAGCCCUUGAGGGUGGUCAGAACUCUGUGUGAUCACACAGGCAAUGGAGCCGAGCUGAGCUUCAGAAAGGGGGAGGAGCUUGUUCUGUUGGGAGGUGUGGACCAUGACUGGAUUCGAUGUCGUCAAGGUCACAAAGAGGGCCUUGUUCCCAUUGGUUAUGCUUCACUUAUCAUGUGACUUAUCUUUAAUUCUGCCUGUAUGUUUGUGUGAAAGAAUAUCAGGGGAUAACAUACAAGGAAAAAGAGACCAUAUAUAGACGUAGUUAUUAGUAGCCGUGUUACGUGUUUAUCUGUUUAUCUCUGACCCUCGUUGCCUGGUUUGUGAUGUCUGGAAUAUUUUCUGUGAUAUAUAGAACUCACUAUAAAUUACUGUAUAAAUCAUCAAUAUAUAUAUAUAUUUAGAUUUUACAAAGAUAGAUAGACAGAUAAACAAGAAAUGGGUAAUGAAUAAGUAUCAAGUUUAAGAAAAAAUAAUUGUAUUUAUUAUUAGGUGUUCGCCAUAAAGCUCACAAGCUUACUUAAACAGCUCAGCGCAAAGUUAUCAAAAAUGUAUAUUCGUAAAACAGCAUUUCAUCAUAAUUUUAACCCCAAUAAACAACCAAUAUGCAUAUGCAGCUUUUUUUUGUAUAAAACCCCUUGAAUUUCUUGUCAUAUCAUUAGCCCAUCAAUGUUUUAUAAAGAUAAGCACGACUUAGGCAUGAGAUUUGGUUAUUUUGGGGCUGCAUUACUGCAUAAAUCAAAGAUUUACUCAAGUUUACUCUUUAAUUUAUUAUACAAUUAAUGUUUUGAUUUUUUUUUAUUAUAAAGCUAUUUAAUAAGGAUUUACUGACUAGUCAGUCAAUAAACUAAUUGCUUGACAAUUAAAAAUAAUUUAUUUUAUUCCUCAAAAUAUUAAUAAUUUGUUCUUCUAAUUUGUACACCAACAAUUAAUAGAUUUAAUUUUGGUGUUGCCUGAAGAUUCCCUAAUAUACACCCUUUUAUUAACUCACUUACUAGAAAAAAAGGGAAAAAACAUCCUUUUUUUGAACAUUUGAACAUUUUUGACCAACAUUAUUAUUGUCUUAUUGUUAUUAUCGUAACUCAAUGGUAACGGUCAAAUAUAUUAGCGUAGUAGUGUGUAGAUGAUUCUUUUAUCUUUCUUACAGUGUGAUUGCUAAUGUGGUAAGAUCUGUAUCACCAUGAGCUUGAUAGUGACUAUGCAUACUCUGUACUGUACUGUUUAUGAGGCUUGUUGCUGGGGAAACCAUGUAUGAUCGAUAGCAUUAUCUUUUGAAUGGAUAUUCUGCAUCAGUAUAAUACGUUGAAUCAGGGGGUUACAUACUAAGCCUGCAUGAAUGUGUAUGAAUGUGUGUAGCAAAUGUAAGGUAAUAAUCAUUGAUACAACUUGUGAGCACGGACACAUUCACUCAAGAUAAAAAUGCUUCAUGCUAAAGGUAUAGGCCAGGAUUUUAGUGGCUGUAGUGGGAUAGUUGAUUUAAAUUAGAGCUUGCAUAUUCUUAUUCAUUAAAUGGCCCUCUGUGUUUCUCACAACUGAAUGCUCAUGUGUUGUAUACAUUUUUGUCACAACUCUGGCACUGCUUUCAGCUGAGCUGCUAAUCAAAAAUAUAUUAGACAAAAUGAAAGAUGAAUCUUGUCAUGGUAACAUGCCAGUCCGCAUGGAACACAGCUUUGUCCAUUACACCAUAUGACCUUCUGGACAAUUCCAUCCAGUUGCAGAAAAGCAGCCGGCUACAGUAGCAACUGAGCACUGAAAGAACUGAGCAUUCACAUUACUGUAUGUAUAAUGUAUGAAAGCUUAAAGGGAUAGAUCACCCAAAAAUGAAUAUUCUGUCAUCAUUUUAUCACCCUCAAGUUGUUCUAAACCUGUUUACAUUUCUUUGUUCUGUUGUACACAAAGGAAGAUAUUUGGAAGAAUGUUUGUAACCAAGCAGAUCUGGUGGCGAGAUCUACUUGGUUAGUUACAAACGUUUUUCCAAAUAUCAUCUUUUGUUUUCAGCAGAACAAGGAAAUGUAUACAGGUUUGGAACAACUUAAGGGUGAGUAAAUGAUGACAGAAUUUUCAUUUUUGGGUGAACUAUCCCUUUAAAAUUUAAACUUAACCUAUGGGAUUUAUGUAUCUGAGUUUGUCAGGGACAAUUUACUGUUUUUAGGAUGUAGUUUAGGAGGUAUAUUUAAAAAAAUCUGAGACAGAACUCCUUGAGAAGUUAGCUUUGUAAUUGGCGUGAGCUUUAAUGUCCCUUUUUAAAAAUGAAGAAAAAUAAAAUGUUAUGGGUUGAGAGUUAAGCAAGGGUUCUGUAGAAAAUCAUAUUUAGUGUCAUAUAGUCUUACCUCACAGGGCAAACUGCAAUGAUGCAUGACUUUAAUUCAUUUUUUUUUUUCCUUUUCAUUAUUAUAUAUUUUUUUGUAGCUGUUAUUUUCGUUAUAACUGUGCAUUUAUAAUUGUGACAUUUGAAUUACAUUAGUAUGUUUUGGAGAAAGAAACAGCUAUGUUGCAUUAUAAAUAUAGUGUACUUAUUGUUUGUUGUUAAUUAUACCAGUUGAUCUGCUUUUUAUCUGUUUCUCUUGUCUAUCUAUCUCUCUAUCUAUCACUUGCGUGUGUGUACUUUUGUGUGGUAAUGAGUUGCGUAGCUCUGUGUGGUAUUGCCCAUCGCUGGUAGCACACUUAAAGCAUAAUGUUCUGUACCAACUCUUGAGUUCUGUAAUUCCCUGUGAAUCAGCUCUAUGCAUGUUGGUGUUUGUAAAUAUACCCAAUAAAAUAUGAAAAGAAACAAGA